AUGACAACCGCUCGCAAUGUCUAUUCCACGGAGCCUGCGUAUCCGGUUCUCGCAAGCUCCCUCCUCGCUCAGUCAGAGUUGGGGACGGCUCAUACAACGCACUCUGUCCAUGAAACAGAGACAACUGACUGGAACCUCAAAGAAGACUGGGACAUCGGGAUCCAGAAUUCGCCAAGCAUAUUCCGGUGUGGCGCUGUCAUCGGCUUCUCGAGACUGCGGACCCGAAGCAAAGACAAUGAUGAAUACAUUGCCCAGAUGCCACGGCACCUUCUAACAACACAUUUACUGAGGCCGCUCUCAUCAGAAAUGAGGGCAGAAACGAGGGCAUUCAUCAUAUACCCAAGCAACUUCGAUGCCUUUGCGCCUAGGAUUUUACUCAACUCUCUACAGUCUACUGCUGGCCAGUCUCUCUCAAGAGAAGAUGCAAUCAAGCGACUUGAUUUAGUGCAGCUACUCCCAAUCCACAGUUUCCCAAAUGCCGCCCAGGCGAUAGGGUGUGUCUCCACAUCGUUACAGGAAAUUCAAUCAAAGCAUGCAGACAACGAUUCUAUCGUUCUGAUCGUUGUCGGCCUCGACACUUUAGCGGAGGGCAUCAUCCGAGCUUCGAAUCCAGUCAAAGGAACCGCCUUGUUAGCAGCCACGUUGCGGAACCUGACUCGUCUGUCUCGCACUUAUAACUCCUUCCUGUCAGUCAUGCUAGUCAACACCAACGGACUUGGCGCACCACACUUCGAAUCGGACAAGCAUCCAGAGAAACAAAAAGCCCCGCCUGAAGAAGAUACACGAUUCUCUCGUGACGACGGCAUCCACUCGAUCUUUCAAAGCCCUGGACCUCCACUUCUAUCUACCCUCCUAAUGAGAACCCUAGACCAAGGUAUCGACACACACCUCCUCCUCUCAGACAUCAAAUCAGCCAAGGUAGCUGAGGUAAUCAAAGACCGUGUCGGAACCGGCCUAGGCAAAUGGGGGAUAUGGACCUCGAAAUAA